AUGGCUUAUUCUCUGUCCUUUGUACACCCAUCCGCGCUUCUCUCCUCUCCUCCUCUCUCCCCGUCCCCGCGUGAAUUCAACUACCACGUGGAGGAUCCCAGGGGACACGUGGUGCAGAAUGUGGAGGGGAGGACGCACCGGCACUUCGGCUGUUCUUCGCUAACAACCCCCCAUUCCCCACCCCUCCUCCGUGAAUUCAACUACCACGUGGAGGAUCCCAGGGGACACGUGGUGCGCACGGUGGACGCAAGGACGGACGACAGCUUCAGAUUCUUCGUCCUGUGUUCACACCCCCACUCCACCCACUCCUUCUCCCCUCCUCCCCUCUCCGCUUCCCCCCGUGAGUUCAACCAUCAGGUGGAGGACCCAAGGGGCCACGUGCUGCGGAAGAUAGAGGCGAGGACGGACGACAGCUUCAUGGUCACCGCCGCCGUUGAUGGGUUCUUCAAGUUCUGCUUUACGACGGACUCUGCCGUGCACGAAUCUGUGGCGUUCGAUGUGGAGAACGGCCACCCAAUCACCACUGAACACGUGGCAAAGAAUGAUCAAAUCGAGCCACUGGUGAAGGAGGUGCAUCGGCUGCAGCGGGAGGUGAUGCGCACCAAGCAUGAGAUCCACUACUCCUUCUACCUCGCGGAGCAGCAUGCAGAGGCGCUCAAACCACCGUCGCACUCACCUGUGCUCUCACCGGUGCUCUUACCUGUGCUCUCACCUGUGCUCUCACCUGUGCUCUCACCUGUGCUCUCACCUGUGCUCUUACCUGUGCUCUCACCUGUGCUCUCACCUUGGACAGCGCAGAGAGUUCUCGCCAAGGCGGUGCUACAGGCGGGUGCACUCGUGACGUCGGACAAGUGGACGAUGCAGAAAUUUCUUGCCAAGGAAGUGCCGAAGGAGGUCUGCGAAUUAUGUUCCAUUUGCCGCCCCUGCCCGCCACCCCAUUCCCCCUCCAGUGGACAAGUGGACACCAAGGCAGUGCCACAGGCAGCCACUGAGACUUGUGUCCCGUUUGCCUUUCCGACCCCCUCCGUCUCUCCCCUCCACUGGACAAGUGGACGGCACAGAGGGUUCUCGCCAAGGCAUGGACAAGUGGACGGCACAGAGAGUCCUCGGCAAGGCGGUGCUACAGGCGGGUGCACUCAUAACGUGUGGCAUCAUACAAGUGUGCCUGCUGCAGCGGCUCUUUGA